CUAGUGACCCAAAAUUGGGCAGGCUGAUAACUCCUCUGCUCGAAUGGUUCCGAAAACUGAGUACACACUGACUCUUCUGUCGCAGAACAGACAUUUAGGAAUUUCCCAUUGACUAAGCGAGAGCGCCUGCUUCCUUCACCAUGAGAGAUGCGGAGUUCACUCAGGGCUUGGAACACUUCGCGCUUUGUCUGCAUGACCAUUUGUGCCGGGCAAAUCCUGGUCAGAAUAUCAUCUACUCCCCGUUGUCCAUCCAGACCUCGGCGGCCAUGCUGCGCAUGGGAACGGCUGAGGGAUCGGCCACAGCUAAGGAGCUGGACGAGGGCCUCCGAUUGGGUGGGCGAGAUGUUCAGGAAGUAGCUGAAAGCUUUAAUGUCGUCCUCGAGUCCUAUGCACAGUGCCAGGUCCUCAAAAUGGUAAACGGCCUUUGCGUUAUGAAGGGCCUUCAAGUUGACGAGCAGUUUGGCCACAUUAUAGAGCGCAAGUUUCGCUCAAGGCCAAUGGAGAUUGACUUUGGCAGCGAGCAGGCUGCCAGCAUAAUCAACAAAUGGGUAGCGGCCCAGACCAACAACCUAAUCAAGGACAUUAUCGGUCCAAGAGUUCUGACCAAGGACUCGCGGCUGUGCCUAGUGAACGCUAUUCACUUCAAAGGAAAAUGGUCAAUCGGAUUUAAUGAACGAGACACCCAAGAAGCUGAAUUCUUCGGAUCGGGUAAGCCCUCUAGAGUGAGAAUGAUGCACGUCUGCGAGAACUUCUUUUUUGCCGUGCUUCCAAGGCUCGAAGCCACUGCCCUCAGAAUGAAUUAUAGUGGCUGUAAUCUGGCUAUGAUCGUUAUACUUCCGGAUGAGAAGUCGAAUCUCACGCGGCUGGAAAAGCAGCUUACUGAUAUUUCUCUAGAGGCAUUGUCAGCGGCCAUGAAUCUGGAAAAAGUUGAUGUGAAGAUUCCUAGUUUCGCAGCCGAGUUUCAGCAGGAGCUAUCCCAGGUCUUUAUGCAGAUGGGCAUGAACCGCAUGUUUAGUGGUCAGGCUGAGCUUGGCGGAAUGCUAAAAUCCGAAAAGGGCCUAUUUGUCUCCAAGAUCGUCCACAAAGCAUUCAUCGAGGUCAACGAAGUGGGCACUGAAGCUGCAGCCGCAACGGCUGUAGUUGCCACAUUUAGAAGCAUGCCUCCACCCCAGGGUUCUCCAAAGGUAUUUCACGCUAAUAGACCUUUCUUCUAUGCUAUUCAUGACAACACCCAUGGGCUUCUAUUUGUCGGUCAUUUUGUCACCACAAAGGCUGAGAACUCCUAAUUCGUAUCUAAAGAAAAGA